CCAAUUGUCCACAUGUGUCAUUACAUCACAAAUAUAUGAUUUAAAGUACAGCUAAGUAAUAUGAUUGACCGAGCAACGUGUUUUUGGCAAGUGCUGUAUAAACUGAGGGUGUCGGAUAAAGAAGCUGUUUAAUUCACUCCAAUGUGUGGCUCUUCAACGGAACAUGAACUAGCACGCGGUGGGCAUGUCUCACACACACUCACACACACACUGAGAGAAGCAGCAGCAACAGCAGGAGUCUGUGAAGAGGCUGUUAACUGAAGAUCUCACCUGGGAUUUCCCUGUUGUAAUACUAAUGGACAUCUCUGAUUUACAACACCCCAUUUGAUCCCUUUAUAUCUGAACCAUUCCCAGCAGCCCGUUCUCCUCUAAAGCGAAUCAGAUAUAGAGAUGUCUCUCCGUAAAGAGCUUUAAGUCGAACUGACAGAUUCUCUCUUUUUCUUUUUUGACAUUUCACAUCUUUUGCUUUGCGAAGAAACAACACAAGGUCACAUUAAAAGGUUGACUCCCUGAAUGGGAGAGUCCUGCUUCAAUCAAACUGAGGCUUUUAAAGAUCGCCCGAUUGACAGUGCCAUCGCCCAUCUCCCGCUGACCCUCCGCACUCAACUUUCUGUCAGGAUGAGUGACUCGCAGGAAGCCACGUCCCCAGUGGCAGGCAUAGGAGGUCCGGUUGCUUGUGUUUCCAAGGUGGAGCUGCGUGUUUGCUGCAAGUCCCUGCUGGACCGGGACACGCUCAAUAAGUCUGACCCCUGCGUCAUGCUCAUGGUACAGAACCAAGGUCAAUGGACUGAACUGGACCGUACUGAAGUGAUCAAGAGUAACCUGAAUCCGGUCUUUGCUAAAGUCUUAAUGCUGGACUACUACUUUGAGGAAGUACAGAAACUGCGCUUCGAAGUUUACGACAUCCACGGAACCCACAGUAUUGGAACGCGCGAUGACGACUUCCUGGGUGGCGUGGAAUGCACGCUUGGACAGAUAGUGGCCCAAAAAAAGAUGGUGAAACCUCUGUUGCUGAAAUAUGGAAAAUAUGCUGGAAAAUCCACUAUCACAAUCCACGCAGAAGAGAUUUCUGGGAACAAUGGUUACUUGGAGCUUUCCUUCUGUGCCAAGAAGUUAGAUGACAAGGAUCUCUUCAGCAAGUCAGAUCCAUUCUUGGAGAUUUACCGGAUCAAUGAUGAUGGAACAGAACAGCUUGUGCACAGAACUGAAGUGAUAAAAAACAACUUGAACCCUGUGUGGGAAUCCUUCAAGGUGUCUCUCAUUUCUCUGUGCAGCUGUGAUGACGAAAGGAAGUUGAAGUUCUUAGUCUGGGACUAUGACUCGAGGGGAAAGCAUGACUUCAUUGGUGAAUUCUACACUAAUUUCAAAGAAAUGCAGAAGAUUUCCUCAGGAAACAAGGUCACGUGGGAAUGCAUCAAUCCAAAGUACAAACUGAAGAAGAAGAACUACAAGAACUCUGGGUUGGUGAUUCUCAGCGAUCUCAAGCUUCACAGAGUCUAUUCCUUCCUGGACUACAUCAUGGGAGGCUGCCAAAUACACUUCACAGUUGCCAUUGACUUCACGGCGUCCAAUGGGGACCCUCGCAAUAGCUGUUCCCUGCACUACAUCAACCCAUAUCAGCCAAACGAGUAUCUGAAAGCUUUGAUAGCCGUGGGAGAGAUCUGCCAGGAUUACGACAGUGACAAACGGUUCUCUGCUUUGGGCUUUGGGGCAAGAAUUCCACCUAAUUAUGAGGUGUCUCAUGACUUUGCCAUCAAUUUCAACCCGGAGGAUGAUGAAUGUGAAGAGAUCCAGGGGGUCGUGGAAGCCUACCAAAACUGCCUGCCCAAGAUCCAGCUCUACGGUCCCACUAAUGUGGCUCCCAUCAUCAACAGAAUAGCUAAACUGGCAGCUGGGAAAGAACCCAUCAAAGACGCUUCUCUAUAUCAUAUCCUGCUGAUCCUCACAGACGGGGUGGUAACAGACAUGGCCGAUACACGGGAGGCCAUUGUUCGGGCCUCCUACCAGCCUAUGUCCAUCAUCAUAGUGGGAGUGGGAAAUGCCGACUUCACGGACAUGCAGAUCCUCGAUGGAGAUGAUGGAGUCCUUCGCUCACCCAAAGGGGAACCCGUCUUGAGGGACAUCGUCCAGUUUGUGCCCUUCAGAGACUUUAAAACGGCUUCACCAGCUGCACUGGCAAAGUGUGUCCUAGCGGAGGUGCCUAAACAGGUAGUGGAGUACUUCAGUCACAAGGCCAUACCACCCAUAAACCCAGUGAUGAAUUCAAACCCCAACUCCAUCGCCAACACACCUGAAUAACACUCAAACCUCUACUCCUCAACGGUCCAGCAAAGAGAGUGAGAGCUGGGACAGGCCUGUUCUGCCACAACACACAUUACUUUGACUCCAUUUUGUUCAUUCAUAAGGUGUUUACGCACGAGUGACGGUUUGGAUCUUAUCCGUGCCAGCAUGACUGCUCCCUCAGCAUGCAAACUGGAGUACAUUGGAUUCCCAUCAGCACCGCAGGCCUUCUGAUCUCUGCUGACUCUUUACAACUGCACAAGGCCACUUCUGCAUUCUGCUGUUUUGUACGCCCUUCAGAGCUUUCAACUUUGCUCUCACUGCCCGUGGGCUCCUUUCGAUCCUGGAGAACUGGAACAGAACUGGCCACAAUCGUACAAUGUAGAUAAUUGCAUGUCCAUUGACUGAAAGAGUUCGCUUUGGUUUCGCUGGAAACAUAUGCAUAUUUCAUAGCUAAAAUCAUGAUAAUUUUGAUGUAGAGAUAAUGGGUGUGAGAAUGGUGGUCAGUCAGGUCAACGUUUCAAUAUUUUAGCGGCUGUGCUUUAAUUAGCAUGCUGACAGAGCGCUGUUUCACCAUUUGCUUGGUGUUUUCAAAUCCAUCGCCUUUAAAGUACCGGUGCAACAGCCAUAGAUAUGGAGACAUGCUGUUUUUUUUUAAGCAGCUUGUGCUAUUAGCAUUAUAAAGAUGCUAACGGCAAGUAAAAAAAGUUGUUUUUCAGGAUAAUACCUUUUAAAAAUGUAUCUUGAGACCCUUGAAAUCUGUUUCAUUCCAUUGUGUCUUGAAUGCAUCUGUUAGCAUCCCAUAACAAACACGUCUGAUUGGUGAAAAGUCAUAUAGUAGGUUGUCCCUAGUCAUCACGUAUAACAGCUCUGCUCUUAUUCAAGUGUACACUAAUUCAUUUUUCCCCCUGAUUUAAUGGUUUGUGGAAACGUUGCCACAGCCAUGUGUCAAUCAUGAGAGAAGUGCAUACAUCUCUGCUCUAAUUAAAAAUGUGAAGUAUAAUUUUUGUGCCAUUAGUUGAACAAAUCAGAACUGUUUCAUGAAUACUUCCCCCCUUCUGUUAUUGGUGGGCCUAAACUCACUUCACCUAUGAAUGAAGUCUGCCCUUUAUUGUAUUGAAUGUGCACUUGUAGUGUACUUCAAAUCGUAAAAGUAAAUUUAAAAUAAAAAUAAAUUAGAUAAUAUAAUAUUAAUGAAAAAAGGUCACUUAAGUGUACUUAAAGAGUCCACUUUGCUCAAAUUAUUAACACACUUAAGUAUGCUUUUAGAAAGUACUCUUUGUAAUAUCAAAUUAAAAGUUUUACUUUAACUUUUUAAUUUAAUCUUUUGUGCUUUUAAAAAGCACACAAUUUUGAUGUGUUCACUAACAUACUAAUUCUAAUUUUAACUGUAGCGUGUUGUGAAAAGUUACUUUUAAAGUUAAUAUCUUUAGAAUGUACUAAAUUGCAACUUUAUUACAAAUAUAUUUAAAUAUAUGACAUUAAAGUAUAUUUGAAUUGACUAUAAUUUAAUAUUAAUUCAAUAUACUAGACAACAGAAGUACAUAUAAAGAUUUACUUAAGGUUCAAAACAAAGAAGUUUGAACUAAUUGAUUUUAAUAUAAAUUAAAACUAUACUACAUUGUCAUUUAAUUGUAAAUAGGAUGUGAUUAAAUGUCCUCAAACAUUACAUUAAAAAAAGUAUGAUACCUAUGUUUCUCAAGGGUCGCCACAUUAUGUGCGAUAAAACAAAGCAUAUCAAAUUUGAAACAUAUUUUAGCUGUUAAGAUAGUUUUAAUUUGAAAUUUAAAAUAGCAGGCAAAGUGAAUAUAAAAAUUGACAAAAAAUACAUGUAAAGUGCUGUCUUCAUUCUUAUGUUUGGGUGCCGUGGCACUUACACAGCCAUGUCUAAUAUGGAUGGCUGCACAGUUCUACAGUACAUGCAUGACCUGAAAUAUUAACACGUACAAACAAACAGCCUAGACAGCAACAUAGUGUUGGCCCAGAUCCGGGCCACAUCUGGUAC